UGUCCCCACGGCUGCUGAAGAAAGUUGGCCGUUCGAGGACGCGUGCAGUCGCCCUCACCCCGAUAGGAGGGGCAGUUGCCGAGGCCCAGGAGGCUUUUCCCACCCUGCAGACGGAGGUGUGGAGUUGGGGCCGUUGCGAGCACGGACAGCUGGGACAUGGAGACACUCUGGACAGAUUACAGCCGCUGUGCAUCAAGAGUCUGAACAAUAAGGAGGUGGUGCUGGUGGCGGCCGGCGCUCAUCAUUCCCUCGCUCUGACUGCUCAGUCUCAGGUGUUUUCAUGGGGAAGUAACAGCUCUGGUCAGCUUGGACACAUGGAGUCACCCAGCACCGUCCCCCGCCUUGCAAAG